AUGUUCACUUUUCAUCAUCCCCUGAGUGAGCGUGCGGCGCCCAGGGAGGAACACAAUGAUCGCCGCGGAGAGCGCGGCAAGCGGGGAACAGAGGGGCGCCUCCACCGCGACGCCGCCGCCGCCGCCGCCGCCGCCGCCGCCGGCCUGGCCGCCACUGUCUCCACGCCCGCCGCCGCGGACGCACGCCCAGACGUCAGACGCAGGACGGCCGCUCGCGCUGCCGGCACGCCGCCACCAGCGACUCCACAAGUUGGCGUGCCUGACUACAAAAUGGGCGACUCGUCCACGGCGUGUUUCGGUUGGCUGGCUCUGGUGCUGGUGUUACUUACAUUGGCUCCAGGGACCAGCGCACGCAGGGCUGUCAACCGCACGGAGCUCAUGCGCCUAAUGGCGCAAUACUACGGCUACGGAGACGCUUUCCUCAAGACAGAUGAUCGCGCAAUGCCCAUUACGAACAAGGAGCGCCUGAAGAAGGACUGGUGCCGGACGGAGCCGCUGGUGCAGAAGGUGCGCGACGAGGGCUGCGUGUCCAAGUCGGUGGUGACGAGCUUCUGCUACGGCCAGUGCAACUCGUUCUACGUGCCCAAGGUGCACGCGUGGCGCGCCGGCCGCCGGCCGCACGACUACCCGCCGGCGUUCGCCUCCUGCGCGCAGUGCCGCCCCAAGAGGGCCGCCUGGCUGUCCGUCACGCUGCACUGCCCCUCCUACACCACCCCCACGCCAGGUACCGUCGCCGCCUCUCCUGCACACUUGCUGCGCCUCCUAUUAAAACUCACAGCCGGAGAGGCAGUGGUCGAUGCGUGA